AUGGAGGGCAGCAGGCGAGAGAGCGUUGAACAAAUUCCAGUGCCCACCAUUCGUCUGGUUCCGCGCCAGCACCAGGUCCAGCCGAUGGCGAUGGAUACCUACUCCAAUUUUCCAACGAAGCAGCUUGCGACUGAGGCCCCGCCCAAGAAGCCGUCUAAAUGGCUUUGGCCUCUGGCGCUUCUCGUGCUUGCGUUGCACCUCAUUGGCCUCGGCAUUCUCAUUGGUUAUGGUAUCUGGGGGCUUAGAUCUUCCUCCUCGGAGGACUCGGAGGCAGCAGCCGAAUCCCCGGACAGAGAUACAAGUAUCGUGGGCUUUCAUCAAGACACGAUCCCACCCCAGUCGCUUGCAGUGGAUGUAUCGGCGAGCGCAAACACUGAGAGACCCUCGGUCGCCACUACCAUCACGAUCCCACCCCAGUCUCUUGCAGUGGUCCCCACUGCUGGUCCAGCAACAAUGGCGCCUACUUCUGCGAAUCCCACCCUUGGCUUUGCUGGCUGCAUGGGUAUUCCCCACAGUGAAGUGGCUCGUGAUAUCAACAACCCCCUGGAUGCAGGAACAUUUGGUGGUAGUGCCCACUGCUAUGAUUUUGCGUACAUGUGCCAAGCAGCCGAGUGGGUUCCCUUCUUUACGGACAGCGGCACUACCAGUAAGUGGUUCAUUGCUACUGCCUUCUGUGAGGCAUCCCAUUGUGCUCCAGGAGCUGGCCCAGGAAAUGUUGAACACAACGUCAAACUCAAGGUUCCUCCUGGUGUGGAUUACAAGCUGAAUGUGUACAAGGUGGAUUCGUUUGCGCCCUAUGACAUGUACUAUCCCAACUAUCGUGAUGCUGCUGAGGAGGAGGGUAUGGCAAUGCAGGAAGUCAUCGUUUCUACCAUUGAUGAUUCAGCACAGUACUAUAUUCAUGUUGAAUACCGUUCAGGUUCUUCUUGUGCUCCUUGGACACUGCAAAUUGAUGGACAUCAGUGUGACUAG